UCUUCUGGGGAGAGGGCCGAGCAAAUACUUGUGGUUAUGGAUUAACCGAGUUCCAGCUGUCAUGGCGGUGGGAAGGCAGCCUUGUUCCAGGGCCCACCCCCAAGGCUGUGGACAGAGCAGUGCGGCGUAGGGGCUGCGAGCUCAGACGACCUCCUCAGACAGGUGUCGGCGACUGCAGAAUGUGGCGGCUGGCAGGCUUGCUGCUGUUCGUGGCCAUCUGGGGCAUUUCCAGCACCCCAGUCCCUCGUGACUCGGUGUUCUCCAGCGGCCGGCGCGCCCACCAGGUACUGCGGAUCCGCAAACGCGCCAACACCUUCUUGGAGGAGGUCCGGCCCGGCAACCUGGAGCGGGAGUGCUACGAGGAGGUCUGCGACUUCGAGGAGGCCAAGGAAGUUUUCCAGAGUGUGGAAGACACGCUGGUCUUCUGGUCCACAUACUUCGGUGAGUGCCUCCAUCCUGGAAUCCUACAGUAUAGCGAGGUAGCCCGUAGGCAGCGGGAGGACCCUCACCGCCUCCCUCCGUGUUCAGUGAUGUUCCCAUGCGGGAGGAUACAGAAGCAGACGCAGAAGAAGCGAAGUAACUUCAAACGGGACACGGACCAAGUAGAGCAAGAAGAGGUGGACGACCAGUUAGACCCCAGGAUUGUCAACGGGACUGAGACCAGACAGGGAGAGAGUCCCUGGCAGGUGAUCCUGCUGGACUCCAAGAGGAAGCUGGCCUGCGGUGGGGUGCUCAUCCACGCCUCCUGGGUGCUGACUGCGGCCCACUGCAUGGACGGAUCCAGGAAGCUCACUGUCAGGCUUGGUGAGUACGACCUGAGGCGCAGAGACAAGGGGGAAGUGGACCUGGCCAUCAAGAAGAUCUUCAUCCACCCCAACUACACGCGCAGAACCACCAACAACGACAUUGCGCUGCUGCGCCUGGAGCAGCCCACCGUCCUCUCUAAGACGAUCGUGCCCAUCUGCCUCCCAGACAGCGGCCUUGCAGAGCGAGAGCUCACCCAGGCCGGCCAGGAGACGAUCGUGACGGGCUGGGGCUACCAGUCUGAGCGGAAGGGGGACGCCAAGAGGAGCCCCACCUUCAUCCUGAACUUCAUCAGGAUUCCCGUGGCCCCUCGCAAUGAGUGCGUCCAGGUCAUGAAGAACGUGGUCUCUGAGAACAUGCUGUGUGCAGGCGUCCUUGGGGACCCCCGGGAUGCCUGCGAUGGUGACAGUGGGGGGCCCAUGGUUGCCUCCUUCCAAGGCACCUGGUUCCUGGUGGGCCUGGUGAGCUGGGGCGAGGGCUGUGGGCUGCCUAACAACUAUGGCAUCUACACCAAAGUCAGCCACUACCUCGACUGGAUCCACAGCCACAUCGGGAAUAAGGCUCCCCCUGGCCACAUGCCAUAGCCCCCUGCUCAUCUCUGUCCCCCGAGGCCUCUUGUGUGGGGCUGGGCGGCCGCUGGCAGUAUAUGGGGUAUUAAAGCAGCAUGCAGUGAGCACAGG